AUGGAAGAAGAUGAUGUUGACGCUAUUAUCGAGGAAAAUGGUGUUGACUACGAAAGCGAUUCCGAGCUUUCCUCAAACCUCCGUGACUUUGCCGCCGCUGCUCAGUCCGGUGACGUCGUCGCCUUGCGCACCGCCAUUGGAAGAAGAAGACGAGAUGGCAACAGAAUCGCGAUGCAAAAGGAAAGGGAAGACAAGCUUGUGACUACACUGAAGAAAAAACUUGAAACAUUCGUGGAAGGACAAACCGAUGAAUUUGUGAAUUGGGCUAACGCAGAGGCAAGGCGACUCUCAACAGCUGGUUUUGGUGAAGCGAUGCUGCACACUGUGGGCUACAUUUACACUAGAAAAGCUGCGAAAGAACUUGGGAAGGACAAACGUCUCAUGAAAGCACCCUUCUUAGCUGAAUGGGUGCGUGACAAAGGCCACCUGAUCAAAUAUCAAUUGAUGGCUGCUUCUGGUAAAAGAAACAAAACAAUCUUUAAGUUGAGUUUUUUGGCUUCCGGGUAA